AUGGCAAGUAGAACUAGUAAAAAAUUUCGUAAUCAGUAUGAUAAUGAUAUUUCCACAUGGAGUCCUCAAGGUCUAUUAAAGAGAUCUACUGGUGAAUUGGCAUCUUAUCAAAAAAAAAUCAUCAGAGUUGAUGAUCAUUUGGGUAUAGCAAUAGCUGGUCUAACUUCAGAUGCAAGAGUUUUAAGUAAUUUUAUGCGUACUGAAGCAAUGAAAUCUAAAAUGAUUUAUAAUCGUCCUUUACCAAUUUAUCGUAUUGUCUCUGCAAUUGGUGAUAGUAAACCAUAUGGUGUUGGUCUAUUGGUUGUUGGACAUGAUGAAACUGGUCCACACUUAUAUGAAUGUGCACCUUCUGGUAAUUUCUUUGAAUAUUACGCAAUGUCAAUUGGUGCAAGGUCACAAUCUGCAAAAACAUAUCUUGAAAAAAAUUAUGAAUGUUUUAAUGAUGCCUCAUUGGAUGAACUUGUUAAACAUGGUCUGCAUGCACUUCGUGAUACACUACAAUCAGAUAAAGAGCUUACAACACUAAAUUGUUCAGUUGGAAUAGUUGGUGUUGAUCGAAAAUUUGAAAUUAUAGAGGGUGACAAUUUACAAGGAUAUUUGGAUUUGUUGGAUACUGCUACUACCAAUCAAGAAACUACUGUGUCAAUGGAUACAGAAUGA